UCCGCCCUCACGCCCAUUCCGCAGAGCUGGCCAGGCUGAGGAGCGGCUGCCGGAUCCCGGGACGUGAGACGUGGCUCCUUGGCGGAAGAGCCAUGUUGGACUUUGCGAUCUUCGCCGUUACCUUCCUGCUGGCGUUGGUGGCAGCGGUGCUCUACCUUUAUCCGGCUUCUAGACAAGCUGCAGGAAUUCCAGGAAUUACACCAACUGAAGAAAAAGAUGGUAAUCUUCCAGAUAUUGUGAACAGUGGAAGUUUGCACGAGUUCCUGGUUAAUUUGCAUGAGAGAUAUGGGCCUGUGGUCUCUUUCUGGUUUGGCAGGCGCCUUGUGGUUAGUUUGGGCACUGUUGAUGUCCUGAAGCAGCAUAUCAACCCCAAUAAGACAUCGGACCCUUUUGAAACCAUGCUUAAGUCAUUAUUAAGGUAUCAAUCUGGUGGUGGGAAUGCGAAUGAAAACCACAUGAGGAAAAAAUUGUAUGAAAGCGGUGUGGCUAAUUCUCUGCAGAGUAAUUUUGCUUUCCUGCUAAAGCUUUCGGAAGAAUUAUUAGAUAAAUGGCUCUCCUACCCAGAGUCCCAGCAUGUACCCCUCUGCCAGCAUAUGCUUGGUUUUGCUAUGAAGUCUGUUACACAGAUGGUAAUGGGUAAUACAUUUGAAAAUGACCAGGAAGUCAUUCGCUUCCAGAAGAAUCAUGGCACAGUUUGGUCUGAAAUUGGAAAAGGAUUUUUAGAUGGAUCACUUGAUAAAAGUAUAACUCGGAAAAAGCAAUAUGAAGAUGCUCUUAUGCAACUGGAAUCUAUCUUAAAGAAAAUCAUAAAAGAACGAAAAGGAAAGAACUUCAGUCAGCAUAUUUUCAUUGACUCCUUAGUACAAGGGAACCUUAAUGACCAGCAGAUCCUUGAAGACAGUAUGAUAUUUUCUCUGGCCAGUUGCAUAAUAACUGCAAAAUUGUGCACCUGGGCAAUCUGUUUUUUAACCACCUCUGAAGAGGUUCAGAAAAAACUUUAUGAAGAGAUAGACCAAGUUUUUGGAAAGGAACCUAUUACUCCAGAGAAAAUUGAGCGGCUCAGAUAUUGUCGGCAAGUACUUUGUGAAACUGUUCGGACUGCCAAACUGACCCCUGUUUCUGCCCGGCUUCAAGAUAUUGAAGGAAAGGUUGACAAAUUUAUUAUUCCUAGAGAGACUCUUGUUCUUUAUGCCCUUGGUGUGGUACUUCAGGAUCCCAGUAGUUGGCCAUCACCACACAAAUUUGAUCCAGACCGGUUUGAUGAUGAAUCGGUAAUGAAAACUUUCUCCUUGCUUGGAUUCUCAGGCACACAGGAAUGUCCAGAGUUGAGGUUUGCAUAUAUGGUGACCACAGUACUUCUGAGUGUAUUGGUGAGAAGGCUGCACCUACUUUCUGUGGAGGGACAAGUUAUUGAAACUAAGUAUGAACUGGUAACAUCAUCCAAGGAAGAAGCUUGGAUCACUGUCUCAAAGAGAUAUUAAAAUUUUAUACAUUCAACUUUCUUGAGGAAAAUGACGGUUUAGAAAAAGUGUAUUAAAUCCUUUUACAUACCAAGUAAUACUGUGGAAUAUAAAUAACCUACUGGUACUUCGUUAUGUAAAUUUGGAUUUUUGUAUAUCAGAUUUUCUUAAUUCAUGAUAUACAUUGAUACUUAUUGUAUAUAAUAAUAAUUUUAAUGGGAAGCUCUCUGCUUUUCAUUUUUGUUUUAUCACUUUCUAUGCCAUUCUUCAUAUUAUUUUUCUUAGUUUGGUCUCUAAUGUUCUUGUUUUAAAUUUCUAAUAUUGAAGAGAGACAUUAUUUUUGCGCACUUUGGCAAAUCAUGUUUUCUGAAUAUUUAUAAAAGGGAAACAUAAUCCUAACUUUUUUUCAUACUUCCAAUAAAUCACUUUAAAGGGGGAAAACAAGAACUUUCCAUAAUUUUAUUUCUUGCAUUAAGAUUUUUAUUUUCUGAGGGGCGCCUGGGUGGCUCAGUUGGUUGAG